AUGAAGAUUGAUGCGUCCGUUGCCCAAUGGAAACUCAAAUCUGUGAAGCGCGCUCUAGUUGUGAGGCUGGGAAGGCGGGCGCCGCGCUCGAACGCGGAGCGGGAGAAGAUGGCGGUGCGGCGGAAGCUGCUGGAGCUUCUCCAGGAGCCGCAGAUCGGCGGGACCAUCGUUCUGGAGCAGCCGGCGACCUCUGCUGUUGCCGCGCGGGUCUUGCCGUCGCCGCUUUCAUCGCCACCUUCCUCGCCGCCGGCCGUGGCCUCGCUACCGCGGCAGCAGGGGCCGCUGCCGCAGGACUGCGCCGUGUUCCACUGCCGCAGCUGCUGGGCGGUGCUGGGGGACUCGCUGCACCUGUGCGCGCAGGAGGAGCGGCAGCUCGGCCUCCUCGUCUGCUUCAAAGUCACCAGCGGUGUGGCCUGGGAGGAUUCGCUCCUCGUCGGCCUCGAGGGACCGCUCCUGGGCUGUGCUUACACUUCAUUAUCCUGUCAGUCAUGUGGCUCAAUUGUGGGCUUAAUUCUUUAUUCUGCCUCCAGUGCCCUGGCCUAUCUCCGAGGCUUAUUCUGUUUCUUCAAAAACAGCAUCAACUGUUAUUUCUUAAAAGACCAAAUGAUAAUAGAAGCUUCUAAGGUGAAUUUUCCUGUUGUGACCUUAAAGCAACAACUGCAGCAACUGAAAGAAAAGCUUGUAGAAGUCCACGCUCGCAUAGAAUUGGUGAUGAAACAGCUGGAGGAGCUGGCAUAGAAGAAUGAUGUGGCAGAAAGGCAAAACUCUGCAUCAGAUGCAGUUGGCCUCCUGCCAGGAUAUGCAAUAGGCAGGGUCAACUAAUGAUGUGCCAUUUUCAAGAACUGCUGGAGUUGUUUCUGUUUCUGUGCAGAGCUUGUUCAUUAUGGUGAAAUACUGCACCAGAACAGGUCUGAGUACUGAUCUGUCACUUUAUAGGAAGAAGUGAUACAUAAGUGCAUCCCUUUGACCUAAGAGGAACACCUGAAACCUGACAUACUGAAGUUAAGCUUGGAAAGAUGAAUAGCUCACCCAUGGAGUGUGUCACCUUCUGAGACAGCGUAGCUAUGACUUUGAUUCCCUCUAAUGACUUCCGGGGAAAAAACAGCCUUUUAAAUACUAAAAACGGGUUUCUGGAACUAUACAAAACAUACUAAGAUGAUGAUAUUCAAGAGGAGCUAUUAUAAACUGAAUGUUCUUAGAACUACAGUUCUCAUAUUUUCAUAUAAAUGCAGUGUUAAUGGCAGCCAGCUGUUGGUCAAGGGGCUCUUUAGCUGGUAUGUGAGGCACUGCUAAAUGGGCUCCUGAUGAGUUCUUUUAGAUUUGCUGGUGUAUGUGGCCUGCAAAAGGAGCAAGCCAGCAUGUCACAAAAGAUGCAGUGUGUGCUUAGUGCAUGAAUCUGGAUGGCAUGAUGCUGGCUGAAGCAAAAGGUUUUGCAUUUCAAAUUCAAGGGCAACCCACGUGCCUGCCAGGUCCUCUGGAAAUGCAGCCCCGUGGCUACACAGGACUGAGUCAAGCUCUUGCUGCCCCAGGAACCUUAGGCUGUGAGCAACUGCCUUUAAUAGAUCUGAACCUUUCCUUCUGGGGCUGAUGCUGUGGAACCAAGGGAUGGUCUUCUCCUUUGCUUCUGCUCAAUCAUGGGAACAAUGCUCUGCUGAAGUUGUGAUGAUCUGCCUGCUGCCCUCACUUGGGCAGUCGUUCCAGAGAAAAUACCUAAUGGCUAUUCAUUUGCAUUGCUGUUUUGAAUGGGUUCUGCUUCUUUCCAAACAUCUAGAAAGUAAUCUGAUGGCAGAGCACUACUUACCCCUUGUUACUGGGGCAGAAUAUCCCUGAUUCUUGUUACUGGAAGAUAAGGGUCUUUUGCUGCCUAAAAGGCUGAUGUUUUAAACCUUCCAUAAAGUUUAGUAGUCUGUAGUAGUCUAGAGAGGGUUGUAUUUACUUGAUCAACUGAAUUCCAGUGAUGCUAUUUGCCACGUUCCCUUCUGUAUAUGGUUGGCAGAUUGUGUUCCCUGUUGCUGCCAAUGCCAGUACUCCCUCUAUUUCACAGUCUUAAUUGUUUUAUCUGUAAAAUAACUCUCAUAAUGGGCAAGGAGCAGAGGGGACAAAACUUAGUGCAAGGCACCUCAGAGGCUUUAGGUAGGGAGCUGAUAUUUAUACUAUUUGUUUCUGCUGUGCUGCUUUUUAAGAGUUCUGGGUUGUCUCAGUUUGUUCUGGUUAAGCAAUAACAUAAAAUCUCAACAGCCAUUCUGCAGGGAGAGGAGGGGUGCUCUCUGUUAAAUUCUAAUACUAUCUAAAUUAUUUUUGUUGUUCAUGUUUUACAAAUUUGACAGGCCUAAGUGUGAAAAUGCAGUGCAGCUAAAUUAAGGAUAUGGAAAGUAAUUACCUGAAGUAAAUGUUACACUCUUGUUAAGAUCUGUUUAAUUGCCUGUAAUGAUAAAUGUUACCAUCUCUAAAAUGCUGGAAGGCUGUUCAUCACAGUUGUCACUGUAUAUUCAUGUGAAGUUUGAAGCUGCUGUAUUUGAUUACUUCAUUCUUAAGAAAAAGGCGUUUUUAAGGUUGUUUUGUGCAGUGACUCUGCAUUACGUUGAAGGACCUGUUAGUCUUUAACUGGGGUCUUGUGACUAAGCUCAAUUUGUGCAGGCAUCCUCCCAUCUCAGGUAAAUGUUUUCCACUGCAUAACUUCACCUUUGUGCUACUUUCUAAGUUACAGCCCUUUUGGUUUUGCAUCUGUCUUAAGAAAUAUGAUAAUGGGACUACUCAUUUUUGCUUUUUCAUUCUGGUUUCUGCAUUGAGGCUGUUUCUUGCUAUGGACUUUGCAUCUAUAUGUGUGUAAUAGUGUUAAAUUGUCUUGUUUCAUUUAACUAAUGAAAGAAAGCUGUCAGUCAUGUUUUUAUAUUAGUUUUACAGUUGUAAAGAAGAAACUUUUUAAAUUAAAAAAGCUGAAAAUUCAGAAA